AAUUGCUAUUUAAUUUUCUUCAUGGUGACACCUUUCAAUAUUAAGAAUUAAGAUUUAUCUUAACUUUUAAAACUCUUUCAAUUCCAGGUCUAGACAUCCACUUCAUCCACGCGAGUCCUCCCAACCCUCACCGGAAGAAGGUUCUACCGCUGCUGAUGCUGCACGGCUUUCCAGUCACCGCCUUCGAGUUCGUCUACGUCAUCCAAAAUCUGAUGGAAGAAAGAGACGACUGCGACUUUGUGUUUGAGAUGAUCGUUCCACACUUGCCGGGAUAUGGAUAUUCAGAGGCGACAUACAGGAUUGGCAUGGCUCCGUACCAAAUGGGCAUCAUCAUGAAGAACCUGAUGCUCCGCCUGGGCAAGCCGCAGUUCUACAUCCACGCCGGGGACGUGGGACAGGCCGUUGGAGACGCUAUCGCUGUUCUUUUUCCUGAGAGAGUACUGGGGUUGCAUACAAACUUCCCGUUCAGUAUCCGCCCCCGGACAAUGGCCAAGUUAGUGCUAGGACAGUUGUACCCGCCGGCCGUGGUGGAGGCCCAAUACGAAGACCGGCUGUAUCCACUGACAGCUCGCCUCGAGUUCUAUCUGGAGCAGUUCGGCUACUUCCAUAUGCAGGCUUCGAAGCCUGACAACAUUGGUGCGUCUAAAAUUGUUCUACACACCAUUUCAAAUAAUUUAUGUUUAACUCUUACGACUUUAAUUCCAGGUCACGGUCUGGACGACUCCCCAGUCGCCCACGCCUCCUGGCUCAUCCAGAAUCUCAUAAUGGCCACGGACGUGGCCGGCGAGAGAUUCAUCGACGGCAACCUGUCGACCAACUACGAUAUGAACGACUUCUACGACUCGUUCACCGUGCACUGGGCGUGUCAGAGCAUGACGACCGCCGCGAGGUCGUAUGCAGAGGCUUUGGCGGUGCAUCAGGACCCGUUGUCUAUUAGUAUUUUGAUGACCCCAACACCCGUCCCAUUCGCUGCCAUCAACUUCCGCCACGAGCUGGUCUACCAGCCCGACGACUUUCUCCGAGACAAGUACCCCAACCUCGUCCAGUCCAACACCCUGGACUUCGGCGGGCACUUCGCCGGCUACCAGGAGCCCGGGGUCCUAGCUGACAGCAUACGGACUUCGGUCGCUAAAAUGGAACAGCUGCAUGGAAACCAGGGGACAAGUGUCGCUCAGGUGUUUCAGCGAUUGAGCAGUAUCUUAGGCAAUGUUGUAUAAAGUAGAACCUCGACUAUAUACCAGAGAAAUAUAUAGAUAAGAUUAUGUUGAUACCUACUAAUAGCCCUAUUUAUUUAGUUAAGUGAAGCGCCUUGGUCUAGACAGUAAGCUUAUAUCUGAAUUGAUUAAUAAAUGUAUAA